AUGCAAUACACAUCCUCCCUCGUUUUGGCGUUCACCGCCGCAGCUUCCGCUGCUACCAUCAAGGUUGCCGUUGGACAGAAUGGUCUUACCUACACACCCAAUGAUAUCACCGCCAACGCGGGCGAUUCUGUUGAGUUCGACUUCUUCCCAAAGAACCACACUGUUUCCCAGUCUUCGUUCGCCGAUCCUUGCCAUCCUCUCGCUGGCGGCUUCUUCUCUGGCUUUGUUCCCACCAACGCCUCAACCCUCGGAAGCACCUUCACAAUUGUUGUCAAGGACACCAAGCCAGUCUGGAUCUACUGCUCUCAGACGGUUGGCAACCAUUGCCAAGCUGGAAUGGUUGCUGCCAUCAACGCGCCCAAGACUGGAAACACUCUCGCAGCUUUCACCUUGAAGGCUAGCAACGCUACCUCUUCCACCUUCCCCCCUCCAGGAACCCCAAUUGGAGGUACCUUGGUCAAGUCCUCUGGCAACACCACCUCCGCCUCCAACUCUAGCUCCAGCUCUAGCGGUAUUGCAUCAGGCUCUGGCUCAGGGUCCUCUUCUGUAUACACUUCGACCUACACCACCACCUACGCAACUUCAGCCACUUUGACCACCUCGUACUCCAGCACCUAUACCAGCAACGGACAAACCUACACCACAGCAGUUGCAUCAACUUACACAACCGCAUACACCACCGCAGCUGUUACUACCGCUGUCGGCUCUACUCAAUCCAUAGGCGCUGUUCAAUCCAUAGGCGCUGCUCAAUCCACAGGCGCUGCAGGAGGUCUCUCCGUCAACAUGGUCGGCAUGGGUGCUCUCGCCCUUGGCGCAUUAGCUAUGAUCUAG